AUGCAAACAGUCGAUGCGCUCCAUACCACCCAUGGCGAUCUCAAAGUAGAAGUGUUCCAUGAAGCAACACCAAAGACUGCAGAGAACUUCCUCGCUCUGUGCGCCUCAGGCGCCUACAACAACACCCCCUUCCACCGCCUGAUCCCAUCCUUCAUGAUCCAAGGCGGCGAUAUCUCGCUCUCUAAGAGCAGAAACCCUUCCGCCCUUCCCUUCGACAUCCCCAAAGGCGGCACAUCCAUCUACCACCCGACCCCGCUCGCCCAUGAAAUCCGCCUCCCGACCAUCCGCCACAACACCCGCGGCAUCCUAAGCAUGGCGAGCAAGUCGGUGAAAUCGCAAUCCGCGUCUGGCGCCACGGAGACUACGGAGGUUAAUGGGAGCCAGUUUUUCAUCACGUUUGCGCCUGCGCCGCAUUUGGAUGGGAAGAGUACGGUUUUCGGCAAGGUGUUGGCCGCGGGUGAGGGGGAGCCGGGCGGUGCGGUGCUGGAGAGGCUGGAAAAGGCUAAGGUGAAGAUUGACAAGAAGGGGAGGGUUGUGCAGCCGUCGUCGAUGGGAGAGGAGGAGGUGAAGGAGCAGGCCUGGGAAGCUGUGGGGAUUGAGAGGGUGACUAUUCACGCGAAUCCGUUUGCAGUGUUAUGA